AUGGCCUAUGGUUUCCCCGGUUGCCUUGGCGCUUCGGGCAGAAGGCCUGGUCAUCGGGCCCAGUGGCUUCAAGAUUCCACUGUCCGAGACGCCUUGCGAGCAGAAGUGGAACUUGACCUUCGAGAACUGCUGCACCUUCCGUCCCGAGCUCCGGCAUCUGCCGCGCUUUGCUGGCGCAAACCCUACGAGGAGUGUUGCCUGGUGAAUACCCAAGCACCCAUCACCACACUGCCGAAAUGGAGCUUGGGGAUCGUGCUGCUCAAGGUGCGCGACCCGACUGGACGGGAUCACUUCCUGAAAGUGGUUCAGGGCAGC